UGUCACCUGCUGGAUAUCCCAACGCGAACAAGGAAGUCUGGCACCGCCGGAUUGGAUGUCGGGCUAAAACGAAAACAAAAAUACAUCUCCGCCGUGUGCUAGUCACCUGCUCGUCGGCUGUUUGCUCCGUCGGCGUGACAAGAUGUUUAAAAAACUGAAGCAGAGGAUAAACGAGGAGCAAUCCCCGCAGAGGAAUGCGCAGUCACCACAGCAGGCCCAGAUGGGCGCAGGCGGUGGAGAACGGCGCAGUAGCCAGACCCCCAGCUUCAAUCAGGAUGGCUCGCCCUUGCCCAGUGACAGAGAGGUGCUGGCCGGGAUGAUAGCAGAGCCCGCUUUUCUCUCUGAGUAUACUAUCUUUGCUCUGGACCAUUCAAAACGACCCAAAACGGCCCAGGUAGCCAGUGUGAGUGCUCCUAAAGGACCAGCUCGAUCGCCCAGAGGAAGCAUCAACGGGGACGGGAGUGCUUCUCCACUUAGAGAGGAGACGCAGUCCUUUGCCCAGAAACUGCAGCUCAAAGUUCCCUCCAUGGAGUCGCUGAUUCGCGGCGGUGCCAGUCGAGCGGAAAACCUCUUCCGCUCUCCCUCCAAAGACAACCUGACCCGGAGCUCGUCGCGCGACUCCCUGACACCUUUGGGAGAGAGCGACUCCCCGGGCGCGCCCACUUAUGACCCUCCGUCGGAUAUCGAGAGCGAGGCCGAGGAGCCGCCGGGAACCGCGGAGACCCUCUCCAAAGAGCAGCUGGUGCACCGUCUGCUCCGAGUGGAGAGGAGUCUGGGGAAGUACAGAGGGAAGUACUCGGAGCUCGUUACUGCGUACCGAACCGUACAGCGAGACAAAGAAAAAACCCAGGUCAUCCUCAGUCAGAGUCAAGACAAAUCUCUGCGCAGGAUAGGAGAGCUGCGGGAGGAGCUGCAAAUGGACCAGCAGGCAAAGAAACACCUGCAGGAGGAGUUUGAUGCUGCCCUGGAGGAAAAAGAUCAGAUGAUCACUGUUCUCCAAACACAGGUUGCUCUGUUGAAGAAAAGAGCGAAGGGGGUCUCUGCUGGGGCGGUGCCACCUGAGGGAGAUGCUGCUCAAUCAGAAGAUUCUUCAGACUCCAGGUCUUCCAUGCAAAGUCCUUCAAAGGAGGACGGAGCAGAUCCUGAAGUUACUGAGGCAGAGGGCAGCAGUGAUCCCACCAAACUCAUGGAGGGGCUGCAGAAGAGAGUGAAGCGGCAGGAGAACCUUCUGCAGAAAUGCAAAGAAGUGAUGCGCACACACAAAGAGCGCAGCGCCCAGCUGGGAACCGAGAACGAAACUCUGCAGGAGCAGCUGCAGGAGAGGCUGCAGGAGCUCGAGAAGACGAAGGAGCUUCACACGACAGAGAAGACGAAGCUGAUCACUCAGCUGCGAGAUGCAAAGAAUCUCAUCGAGCAGCUGGAGCAGGACAAGGGAAUGGUCAUUGCUGAGACAAAGCGACAGAUGCACGAGACUCUGGAAAUGAAAGAGGAGGAGGUGGCACAGCUCCGCUCCAGGCUCCAGCAGACGACCACUCAGAAGGAAGAAAUACAGGAGCAGAAAGAAAGGGCCGAGAAAUCCGCAUUUGAAGAACUUGAGCGGGCGCUGGGUGUAGCUCAGAGGGCGGAGGAGGCCAAAAAACAGCUGCAGGUUCAGCUGGAGGAGCAACUGAGAGAAGUUGAGAGGGCGAGUGAGGAGGAGAGGAAGAGUCUGCAGCAGGAACUCACGCGCGUCAAACAGGAAGUCGUCACCAUCAUGAAGAAAUCAUCCGAGGAAACUGUCGCCAAUCUGGAAAAGUUCCACAGUGAAGCUUUGGCGGCUAAAGAAGAAGAGACGUGCGCCAGAAUCAGCAAAGCCGUGGAACAAUGCAAAGAGGAGUUCGCACAGUUGGGUCAGGAGCGAGAUCAGCAGGCCUCUCUGGCUCUGGAGGAUGUGGAGCUGCAGAAAACGGCUCUGAGGAGUGAAGCCGACAACAAAGUGAAAGACAUACAGCUGGAGCUGGAAGCUGCAAACACUAGAAUAAUGGAGCUCGAGAGCUCGCUGGAGGAGAUCUCACAGGACGGAUCAAGUCAGUCCCGUGAACUUUCCAGUCAGCUGGCCGAGCUGAAGGAAAAACACGAAGAGCAAAUCUCUGCAUUAGAGCGAAAGCACCAGGAGCAGCUGGAAAAGCACAAGGGCGCCCUGACCCAGCAGCAACAUAACGCGGACCUUGAGGAGCUGAAGGAAAAACACAGAGCUGAAGUGGAGACCCUUCUGAAAGAUAAAGAACUGCAGUUCCAAGCACACGUCCAGGACAUGAAUCAGAAAACUUUAGAGAAGCUGGAGGCAGAGCAGGCAGAGCUGGAGGCAGUUUCCGCUGAACUUUCUGAGGCUCUGAAGAGUAAACAACUUCUCGAGGAGAGAUUGGUGGCAGCUGAAGAUUCUCACAGCUUAGCGCAACAGGAGCAUGAGAAGAGGCUUCAAGAUCUGGAGGCAAAGCACAAUUUACAGCUUUCACAUAUUAAACAGGAACACGAGCAGUCACUGGGAGGUGUGGAGAAAACUCUGAAGGAGGAACUCAAUGCAAUUAAGAUUGUUGUGAGGGAAAAGCAAAAGGAGAAUGAAGAUCUGAUCCUGAGAGAAAAACUACUACAAGAGGAAUCAAAUUCUGCUGUGCAAGAAUUAAAUGUCAAAGUUAAGCAAUUAGAGGAGCUGCAGCAGCGUUUAUCACAAUCCCAGCUGGAUGACGAGAGCUUCAAGGAAGCUAACUCGCAGCUGAGUAAGAUGUCCGAGGAGCUUGAUCGGUGUAAGAAGGAAUUGACGGAUGUGGGGCGUCUGUUGGAAGAGGCAAAGAGUGAUUGUCAACAAAAAGAGAAGUCGCUUCAAGAACUGGAGCAGCAGUUGCAACAGAGCAAGAAUGAGCUCUCGGAACAGGAGAAGACUUUCACUGCCGACCUGAACGCCAAGCGAGAGGAGCAAACGCGCCUCCAGAAACAGCUGGAGGACGAGAAAGCUGCCCACGAGAAGAAGUUGAAAAACACUGUGACAGAGAUGGAAUCCAAGCUGAAAUCACAGGAGACAAAAAUGGAAAAGUUCAAGCAGAAGGCCAAAGACAUGCACGAGAAUUUUAAGAAAAAGCUGCAACAGAAUGAAGAGACCCUGAAGAAGGAGAUCGCAAAGAAGGACAAGGAGCUUCAGAAGAAAGAGCAGCAGGUUCAGGAGAAGCUCGUGGAGAUGUCUCAAAGCUCCCAGGGCCUCAGCAGUGCGAUGUCGGAGCUGCAGGCAAACCACAAGGAAGAACUGGAGAAGCUUCACGACGCCCAUAAGCAUGAGAUGGAAGAGCUGGAGCAUCGCUGGCAGGAGAAGUUAGGACAACAGGAGGAGGAAUUAACAGAGAAACACUCGCAACUUCUGCAGGACAAAGCUCAAGAGGUGGAGGACAUUUCUCAGCGACUGAACAGAAGCAAAGAGGAGAACGAGCAGGUGUUGUGUGAUAUCAAACUUUUGAAGGAGGAGCUGUCGAUCAGAGAAACCACGGUGCAGAAGCUGCAGGAGGAGCUCAACGGAGCGGCGGUUAAGCUUGAAAGUUUGUCUCAGGGCGAAGCGAUGCUCAAGGAGCAACUGGAGUCUGUGGAGAGGAACCUGAACCAGGCUCUGAACGAGAGAAACUCCCUCCAAGACGUGCUGAACACGACAAGGGAGGAGAGCAGAGAGAAGUUAAAGACCUUGUCGGAGAAGCUGGAGGAAACGGAGAGGCAGCUUGAGGCGGCGGAAGGCUCUAAAUGUAAGGAAAGCGAGGACCUGCAGAGGAAAUUCAAGGAAACUGCCGGUCAACUGCAAGCCAAGGAGGCGGAGUUUCAGCAGCAGCUAAUCAUGAUGAGAAACCAAAUGGAGCAUCACUGUAAGGAGGUUCAGUCUAAGGUGGAUUUUGGAUCGGAUGAACUGUGUCAGAGGGUUGAAUGUAGGAUGAAUGAGCUGAAAGAUAAACUGAUCUGUAAUCAGAAGAAGGUAGGGCAUCUAAAAAACACUAUCCUCAUGAAAACAGACAGAAUUUGCACUUUAGAGGAGAAUCUCCGGCAGCAGACGGAGCAGAAUAAGAAUCUAUGCAUUUCUUUAGAGCAGGCGACGGCUCAGGUAAACGCUCACGCCGAGCAAAUCAAAGCCUUAACGCAGGAGAAGGAGGAUCUCUCUCAGUCUAUCAGUGAGAAAGUUCUGAAGCUUGAGGAGCUGAGUGAAGCAAACAGCAUCAUGUCCAAAAGUAUGAAAACAAACGAGGCCGAUGUCAGCAACUUAGAGAGCAUCAUCGGCGACUUGAAAAAUCAGCUAGCAAGUAGCAUAGCAGAGAAGGAGGAAGCCAUAAACAAGCUGAACCAGCAGUAUCAGGAGGAGAGGCGACAAACGAAAGAGACGAUGGAGAGAUUGGAGCAGGAGAGAAAGUCCGCUUUGGAGGAGGCAGAUGCUCUCAGAAAGAGCGAAAACGCUGUCAGGUCUCUGCAGAUCAGGAUCGACGAGCUGGAGCGAGAAGUCUCCGCGAAAGACGACGCUCUGCAAAGGCUGAGAGCCAAUAUUGACAAUCAGUCCAUCAGCAAGUCUGAGAUGGACCAGGUGUUGAGCGAGAAGGAGCAGAAGGUGAGCGGACUCACCUCGGAGCUGGAGGGUUGCAUCAGUCGACUCGGCGAGCUUCAGGAGCAGAUAGCCUUAAAGACGAAGGAGUGCGAGCAACUCACAGCCGACCUCAAACAGCAACACAGCAUCAGGGAGAACGAGAAGCGAGAGUUGGUGGAGCAGCUGCAGCAGAGCCGGCAGCAGUGCACGCAGAGCGGCGAUCUGGAGCAGGAGAUGGUAGAAAAACUGCACUCCCUCGAGGAAGACAACCAAAAGUGUAAGCACAAGCUCGAAAGUCAGAGGGAGGAAUUUGAGAAGGCGAAAGACGAGAUCCUGAAGAGCAAAGAGGAGAGUCUGAAGGAAACCGAGGAGAGGUUAUCCGCAGAGAGCGCUCGGAAAGUGUCGGAGCUGAAGAAGAAAGCCGAGCAGAAAAUCGGUCAGAUUAAAAAACAGCUGACGUCGCAGCUGGAGGAAAAAGAGCAGUCGAUCAAGGCUCUUCAGACCGUCCUGGAGGAACUCAAGAGCAAUGAAACUUCAGGAAAACAAACAUUAGAAGAGAAAACGAAAGCAUUCGAGGACACUCUCGUCAAGCUGCAGGAAGAGCAGGAGAAACAAAUCGAACAGAUUGUGAGUAAAGAGCGGCUCGAGAGGGAAAAGUCUUUAGAGGAGCUGAAAAGAGAAUACGAAGGGAAGUUGUCGACACUUCAGAGGGAUGCAGCGCAGCGAGGGGAGCUCAAAGAAACAGAAGAAGCGCUGCAAAACAUCCAGGCGAAACUUAAAGAAGCCGAGGAGCAGAACGGAAACCUUCUGGCAGAAAUAAAUCGUCUGAAAGAAGAAAUCGGCGAGAAGGACGCCCAGAUCGAUCAGCAUCAGGCGGCCAUCAAGCUGGUCCAAAAUUCAUCGGAAAGUGAGAUGAUAGUGGAACACAACAGCAUACAGCAAACCCGGAGCUCGAUGGAAAACCACUCCAUGAUGCAUGAAGAAGUGGACGGAGAUGCUCUGGAGACCCUGAAGAACAAUCUGAGUCAGGUGAAGAACGAGAAAGAUAAAAUCCAGAAGGACUUCACCAGGCUGCAGAAAGACAUACGAUCUCUGAGGAAGGAGCACGAGCAGGACCUGGAGCACAUGAAGAAGGAGCUGUUGGAGGAGAACGAGAAGAGGAUGAAACUGGAGUUGGAAGAUGUGGAAAUGAAGCACAAUUCUGCUCUCAAGCAGUUAAUGAGGGAGUUUAACACCCAAAUGGCCUUGAAGGAGAAGGAGCUUGACACAGGAGUGAAGGAGACUAUCGCCAAAGCCCAGAGUGUGGAAGCAGAGCUCCUCAGCAUCCACCGUGAAGAAGCGAGUCAGCUGAAGAAGCUGAUCACCCAGAAGGAGGAUGAUUUGCACAGAACUGUUCAGAAAUAUGAACAGGUUUUACAGAGUCGAGAGGAGGAGAUGGGAGACCGAGUGUGGCAGGUCCAGAAAGAACUGGAGGAGCUGCAAGGAAAGUGCCAGGGCACUACUGAGAUGACCUCAGAAGAACUCCAGGCUCAGCUGGCCGAGAAGACGACUCUGCUGAGCGAGGCUCGGCUGAAGGAGCAGGGCUUUGUGGAGAGAAUUCACUCGCUUGAGGACAAGAUUAAAUGUUUCCACCGGAGCACCGUUGUAACUCAUCUGGGGAGCACUUUCAAAGAUCCUGGAUUCACUGACGCACUCUCUGAAGCCACAGAGAUUGAGUACCUGAGGAAGGUGCUGUUUGAAUACAUGAUGGGACGGGAAACCAAAACGAUGGCCAAAGUGCUCACCUCCAUGCUCAAGUUUCCUCCGGACCAGGCGCAGAAGGUUUUGGAGAAAGAAGACUCAAAAACAUCUCCGUGGUUGAGUGUCUGAAUAAUUCGGGUAUAUUUGGGAUGAAAAUCUGCUGCUGCUGCUGCUGCUACUGCUGCUGAAGGGGACGACUGCCAUGGACUCAUUUAGCCCUUCUCUUUGCAUUUAUUGUCAUUUUAUGCGUGUGUUUGUGUGUGUGUAAGGGAGCGUGUGUGAGUGUUUGAGCACCAAUGGGGGCAUAAGAGUGGUGUGUGUGUGUGUGUGUGACUUUAUCUAAACAGGUAUGAGGGACAUAGACAAAAUGCCAGAAACAUAAAUCUUCCAUGAAUCGUUUGUUAAUUUAUAAGUUUUAGAUUAAGUUACUUUUUUUUAAAUUUUAGACGUCGUCGUCAUGGAUACGGAUUGGCUUUGUGCAAUAAAUGAUCUCACUUAUCACGUGUUGUUGAGGCUGACAGGUCAGUUGAUUUGUAGGUUUGUGUUGUUGUUGUUGUUGUUGUCGUCUGAAUCACUUCCUGUGUGAAACUGUAAACGACCCUUUAACUGUGCACUCGCACCACGUUGACUCGGACCGGCCUCGGGACCUCGUCUGUGUACCACAGCUUUUCUAUGCUUUAUAUUGGUCACAUAGAAACACUAAAAAAAAACAGAAAGAAAUACACAAAUUGUAAAUUGUAUUCUGGUGAUUAAACUGUACUAUAAGGCACUAUACUGUAUGACUACGUUUUCAGAAUAACAGAUUAAAUCCUAUUUACAGAA